AUGUUGAUGGGCCCUUCACGCAAAGUACAAAUCGUUCAAGCGAUUAUUAGCAGUGGUCUUUCAGCAAACAAACCGGUCCACUUUUUCGAUUGCAAUAUCCAUGCUAGAGAGUGGAUUACAGCGGCUACUUGCGUGUGGAUCAUCGACCAGAUAACAACUGGAUAUGGUUCCUAUCCGGAGAUUACUUCGCUCGUUGACCAGUACGAUUGGAAAUUUGUUCCUAUUGCCAAUCCAGAUGGAUACGCCUAUACUUGGAAUACUGAUCGCAAUUGGAGGAAGAAUCGUCUUAUUAACAAUGAAUCGACGUGCGUCGGUGUCGAUGCUAACCGCAAUUUUCAGAUCGGUUUUGCUGGAUCUGGUUCCUCCAGCGAUCCCUGUUCAGGAACUUAUCAUGGAAUUGCCGCAUUCUCCGAGCGCGAGGCCAGCGCACUUAGAGACUUGAUUGCCGCUGAUCGUGGCAGAGUUAAAACAACUAUCUCUCAUAUGCAUUCUUAUUCACAAAUGUUUCUUUCACCUUACGGCUACACCACCGAUUUACCUGCGGAAUAUCCUGAGAUGUUCCGUGCCAUGGAAAUCGCUGUGAAUGCGUUAACAUCCACGUACGGGACACCCUAUACCUACGGAAAUACCGCUGUUACCAUUUGUAAGUUUAUUACGUUCUCCUUACGUUUUCAUCAUCGUCCAGCGUGA